AUGGAAGCUCUGAAGGGUCACGCCGUUGUUUUGGUGGCCGGUGGCGCAUCUGUUAGUCUCGCGGGCGAGAACAAGGACAUCUUGCUCAACGAGGACGCUGAUUUUUCCGCGCCGUGCCUUGAUUUCGCUUGCCUUCUGGACGAUGGUUCUUGUCAUUGCAGCAUCCUGCUCGUCAUCCGCCCCGACGACCUCGUUUCGCCUGACGAGGAAAAUUGCGGAACGCGGGUUCUUCACAUCGAGUCAGUUCCCGACGAGGAUAAACAUUCAAAGCUGGCGGACGACGUGGUCGGGUGGUUCGCGAGGGUGGUUGCAUCGGGGAACUUGGAGCCGGAUCUCAAGAAGAAAGUUCGGCAGCGGGCGCUGGUGCUCAGGCGAGAGUGGAUGGACCUCACCCACGUUACCGAUCCUAACGCCAAGUCCGGCAUGAUCGUCGUCUACGGCUUUCAACGCGUGCUGCAAGAUUAUGAUUUUGCGUCGCGGAACAGUUCGGAUGUCGUCCGUGCCCCGAAGACGAAGUCCCUGAAGUCUCUGAGGGACAGGAUCGUCAAGCACGCGUGUGAUCUUGCCGUCGACAUCGUUCUAGUGGAGCCCGCGUUGCACAAAACGGCUGGCGCUCGCUCAACGGUGCUUCACGCGGCCGCGGUGGACAGCGCUGCCGGUACGGUCGCGGACCCUGGAAAGGGAAACCCACCCGCGAGUAAGACACCCGAUGGUGACAACGCGGAAAGGGUAUCGGAGGCUGUGGGUGAUUCAUCCGCGGGAAACCAGAACAGGAAGGUGGAUGACGCGGGAAACGAGAAGGGGCCUGCCGCGCCAACCGCGGAGAAGAACACCGCAGCUGACGACGUGGACAAGGCCAGUCCACCCCGCGUAACCGAGAAUCGGUUGGAGGUUGCUAGUGGCAGAGGUGGGAAAUGGCCGAAAAGGAGCGGCGGCCGCUCCGCCGAACAGCUCUCCAAGUUGCCGGCGCUCACGCUUGCGCACGAGGUGGUGCGUCUCGAGGCCAAAGUCCGUCGGCUGAAGGAGUUGGCCAAUGCGCAGGAAAGGCAAUUGGCACACCAGCGGGAUACGAUGUCGGAGUUGAUGGGCCGCGCGGAGGAGAGCCAAGAGGGGUUUGAACGGGCAUUGACGACCAUGAACCGCCUCGUGGCCCGCGUCGACGAUGCGGAUAAGCGAGGUCGCGAGGAUGUUGCAAACGCGGUCCAGGAAAUGCGCGUGGAGAGGGCGAACGCGACUUCUCAAAGGGAGACGGCGGCGCUCACAUUUGCACGCCUUGAGGCCGCGGUGGUGGAGUUGAAGUCCACGAUUUUUUCCGCGCUCAACAGUGCCGCAGAGCAGACUCGCGCGGAGGUCUGGCAGAAGCUCGUCGGCUUUGAAAACGCCACUGCGAACGCGGCUGAGCGUGGUGCGGGCGCGGGGGCUAUGAUCUUGAGGACAGUGAUGGGGUCCUUCGCGGGUAAUUUGGGGCCGACUACAUGCCCCGAGCAGCCCGCGGGUCGGAUUCCCACACUCCCCGCGGCUCCAGCGGGUGUCACGAGCCUCCCGCUCAUCCUAUCAGGGGGUGGUGAGUCCGCGCGUCAGGAGAAGCGUCCUGUACCUCAAGCUGCCGAAGGCGAGGCUACUACGGGCCGCGUGAAGAAGUUGAAGGCCGCCGGAAAAGAUUCAUCUACCGCGGCUGCUGCAGUGAAGGACGGUGGAGUCGCGGCUGCGAGGCUUGCCAUUGCGGGGAGCAAGAACGAGGGCGCGGUAGUCAUUUCUGACGACGAGGAUGCGGAGGCGUUGGAAUCGCGGAAAAGGUUUCUUGCGGCCCGGGCUGCGGUGAAGGGUGCUGGACGUGGGGGUGCAAUGGCCAAGGACCCGAAGGACCAGCUUUGUAUUGGGACCGGUGCUGUGGAGGGGGGGCAUAAGUGUCAGAUUUAUAUGACAUAG